GCGUGGAACUCGAUCUCCGCCGUGGGAGCAGCUAUCUUCUUUGAAAUUUCGCCCUUCGGCUGAGAUGUGUUUGCAAACUAUUUAGCGGUGGUGUAUCCGUAAAAUGUAACUGCACCCCAAAGACGGCCCUCGAAAAACAGCCACACAAUGUCGCACCUGCUGAUGAGGCGACGGAUUCUGCUGAUGGUUUUGCUGUUCGCAGCUCCACUGCGAAACGCACCCUUCGGCGGAGCACAGGUGGCAAUAGCGACAUCAACAGCAACUGGCCGUGCCCGGCCAACUCCGCCGGAGUGGCAGCGGGACUGGGAGUUGGAUCCGGACUGGGACUUUCACGGGAACGGGAACGGGGACAGGGACUCGGUGCCGGCGCCGACGUCACGGGCUUUCGACGACCUUUACCCUGUUGAUAGCGGAAAUCCCCUGCCGAAAUCGAAAGGCGCGGAAAUGGACAAACAGUUCGGUGAUAACUACUUUUCCCCGUAUCCGGAGUGGUUCGGUCGGCAGUGGCACCUUCAGCACCUCAAGCAGCUGCAGGUGCAGCACAAGUGGCAAUCUCCGCCAGCUGCGGAGGUCAAGGCCAAAAGGGCGCCCCCCAAGUGGCCACCCGAUGACGAGGAGCAGACCCCACCCUUCGACUACGUCUACAACUUGCCCUGGAAACGCAAAGAUCUGCCGGAGUCGCUACGCUAUUUGCCCUCCAUCAGUGCUGGAGCCAUGACCAAUCUGGGUGGCUUCUUCAACCAGCUAGAGGCGAAUCUGCGCUUUGCAGAGCAGUCGCAACUCGGCGAGUCGGAAACGCGACUGCUGGAGGGGAAGCACCCGCACCCGCUGCACCUGCCGCCCAUGCCGCCCGACGGCACGGAUGAUCCCGCCCAGCAGCAGGAGCACGACCGGAAGACAUCGAAGCUCCUGCAGGCCCUGCGCAGCUACAGACCCUCCCAGAAGAUCCGAUCGCUGGUGUCGCGCAAUCCGCAGGGAUAUCGCGGCUCCCAGUUCAUAGACCCCAGCUACAUGUGGCUGGGUCUGGGAAAAUGACAGUGAGUGCUUCGGAACCACGGAACCUAAAGCCACUAGCUAACUAAGUAGCUGCAACGAAUGCCGCCCCAAAACAAUGUUUAAAUUAUGCCCUUUGUGUGUGUAGAAAAUAUA